AUGACAGCAACAUUGGACCUGGUACUUUUGCUGGAUUUCUUACAAGUUCAGGAUCAGGAUAAAACCGUUGGAACACAUGAGUCAAACGUAAAAGGAAAGACUUACAUCAAGGAGAACACGUCUGACACAAAGUCUAAGGAUAUCAAAGAAACUGUGAUAAAAACUGAAAAUUGUGAUGAGGAAAUCGACAUUGACUUGAAAGAUCCAGAGGUCGAGAAGGCUGCAUUAGCUAUACAGAAUAAAUUCAAGGGAUUUAAGAAGGGAGAGGCCAAAGCAGAAUCGGAGUCAAAGACAAAGGAUAAUUCUGUUGCUGGCGGGAAGGAUUUAGCGUCAUCAAAGCCAAAAGAAAACCCUGCGGGUACGACGACCACAGCUUCGACAGAGGAGGAGGAGAUUGACAUUGAUUUGACUGAUCCUGAGGUUGAAAAGGCAGCUUUGGCGAUACAGAACAAAUUCAAAGGAUUCAAGAAAGGGAAAGCUGCGGGGGCUGUGGAAAAUCAGGACACUUUGCAAGGGACUGCUAAUGUUGCUGCAGUUGUAGAAAAACAGGACACUUUGCAAGGGACUGCUAAAGUGGCUGCAGUUAUAGAAAAACAGGACAUUUUGCCUGAAACUGCUAGGACAGGAACGGGAAAUCAAGCUGUGUCAGAUCUUGGUAAGAUGGACGGGAAAGCUGAAUCGGCUGUUGCGGGGAAGGAAGAGGAGGAGGUAGACAUUGAUUUGACGGAUCCAGAGGUUGAAAAAGCUGCACUUGCCAUCCAGAGUAAGUUCAAGGGGAUGAAGUUCGGCAAGAAAUCGGCUGCUGCAAAAGUAGACAAGGGCAAUGGAGUUCAGAAGGAUGUGGAUUCAAAACCUGCGCAGGACAAGCCUUGUGAUAAGAAGGUUGAACCUGCAGCUGGAGCCAAUGAUCAGGAAGAAAUCGACAUCGAUUUGAAUGAUCCGGAAGUUGAGAAAGCAGCGUUGGCGAUUCAGAGUAAAUUCAAGGGGAUGAAGUUUGGGAAGAAAUCGAAAGCUGCUGAUGUUCCAAAGGUUAGAGAGGAUGGGGAUGGUGCUGUUUGUAUUGAUGGGGUUGACUUUGCUGCGUUGGAGAUCAAAGGAGCUCCAGCAUGUGAUGGAGGAAAUCCUACGCCUAUUCUACCAAGUGAGGAGGGACCCAUAGACAUUGAUUUGAAUGAUCCAGAAGUUGAGAAAGCUGCCUUGGCAAUUCAGAGUAAAUUCAAGGGGAUGAAGUUUGGUAAGAAAUCGAAAGCUGCUGAUGUUGUGGAUGCGGAUGCUGGGAAGGGUAGUGGGGAGGUUGGAAGAGUGUGACUAGUUAU